AUGCACACCUCCCGCAUGCUCUCGAUCUUCUUUCUCUUCUUCGCCGCGCUGCUUUCUCCCGUACUCUCGGCACCAGUUGCAAGACCGGAAAUGGUUGAAGGCGACCUGCUCGAGCGGGAGCCCCUUGCUGAACUCUCAACUUCUGAAGUUGCUGACACUGAGAAACGCAACACCCACACCGGUCAAGGCACAUGGUUCUAUCCUGGUUUAGGCGCCUGUGGAGGAACGGAUGGGAAUAAUUCGCCAAUUAUCGCCAUUUCAGCCAAGAUCUGGAAUGGAGGGAAGCACUGUGGCAAGUGGGUUCAUAUAAAGAACACCAAGAAUAAGAAGACCACGAAAGCUAAGGUUGUCGACGAAUGCCCAGGCUGCGGUUCUGGCUCAUUAGAUAUGUCUCCCGCUGUUUUCAAGAAGCUGGCAAGUCAAGGAUUAGACGAAGGAGUUAUCCCAGUCUCGUGGACCUACCAGUGA